AUGGAGAAUUCCUUUCUUUAUUCUCCAGCCGAAGUGCUGAAGCACUUUGGUGCUUCGGAGAGCUCCGGUUUAUCGCAAAACCAAGUCAUUGAGGCUAAAAAGAAAUACGGUCCCAAUGCUCUGACCGAAGAUCCCCCGACUCCUCUAUGGGAGCUUGUUUUGGAACAAUUCAAAGACCAGUUGGUCUUGAUUCUUUUAGGCUCCGCGGCUAUAUCUUUUGUUCUGGCUUUGUUUGAAGAAGGCGACGAUUGGACAGCGUUUGUUGAUCCUGUUGUGAUCCUUACGAUCCUUAUCCUCAAUGCAGUAGUCGGCGUGACCCAGGAAAGCAGCGCGGAGAAGGCCAUUGCGGCUCUCCAGGAAUACUCAGCAAACGAGGCUAAAGUGAUUCGGGACGGUACCGUUCAGCGCAUCAAGGCAGAAGAUCUGGUUCCCGGAGAUAUUGUCCAAGUGGCCGUUGGUGACCGUGUACCCGCAGACUGCCGGUUGCUCACAAUCCAUAGCAACGGAUUCCGCGUCGACCAGGCCAUUCUGACGGGUGAAAGCGAGAGUGUGUCCAAGGACAUUCGUGCGGUCACGGACAAGCAAGCGGUCAAGCAGGAUCAGACAAAUUUGAUUUUCUCAGGAACGACUAUCGUCAACGGUCAUGCCAAUGCUGUCGUUGUCCUUACUGGUGGCUCGACCGCCAUUGGUGAUAUCCAUGAGAGCAUUACCUCCCAGAUCUCGGAGCCUACCCCGCUGAAGCAGAAGCUCAACGAUUUCGGUGACAUGCUGGCCAAGGUCAUUACUGUGAUCUGUGUGCUUGUCUGGGUGAUUAACGUCGAGCACUUUAACGACCCGGCCUUUGGUGGCUGGACGAAGGGUGCCAUCUACUACCUCAAGAUUGCUGUCUCGUUGGGUGUGGCUGCCAUUCCCGAAGGUCUGGCUGUGGUCAUCACUACCUGCUUGGCUUUGGGUACCCGGAAAAUGGCCCAGAAAAACGCUGUGGUCCGGUCUCUCCCAUCUGUAGAAACUCUGGGUAGCUGUAGCGUUAUCUGUUCGGACAAGACGGGAACUCUGACCACCAACCAAAUGAGUGUCGAGAAGAUGGUAUAUUUGAACUCGCUUGGCGUCGUGGAGGAAAUCGACGUGGAAGGCACGACGUUUGCGCCAUUGGGUCAACUCUCACGCAAUGGCCAGGCCUUGGACCAGCUUGCUGUCUCCUCAUCUACUGUUCGCCAGAUGACCCAAGUUAUGGCUCUUUGCAACGGAUCGACUUUGGCGUACGACACGAAGAGCGGUGCAUUCUCCUGCAUUGGUGAGCCCACUGAAGGAGCUCUGCGCGCCUUGGUCGAAAAGAUCGGCACGGAUGACCAGACUACCAACGAAACACUUCUCCGCAUGCCAGGCUCUCAGCGACUGCACACCGCGAGCUCGUAUUAUGGACAGCGUCUUCCCCUCAAAGCCACCUAUGAAUUCUCUCGGGAUCGCAAGAGCAUGUCAGUUUUGGUUGGCGAUGGCUCGCAGCAGAAGCUUCUUGUCAAGGGUGCCUCGGAAUCAAUUUUGGAACGCUGCUCGCACAUUGUUCUAGGCGAGAACGCAUCUCGUUUGAGUCUUACAAAAGAGCACGCGAACACAUUGUCGCAACAAGUGGUGGAAUAUGGCAACCAGGGUCUCCGUGUGAUGGCGUUGGCCAGCGUAGAUGUGGGCACAAACCCUCUCCUGCAUAAGGCCCAGAGCUCAGAAGACUACGUGCAAUUGGAGCAGAACAUGACUUUGCUUGGUCUCGUCUGCAUGCUUGACCCUCCGCGCGUGGAAGUUUCGGAUUCCAUUAAGAAAUGCCGUGAAGCUGGCAUUCGGGUCAUCGUCAUCACUGGAGACAGCCCCAACACUGCUGAGUCCAUUUGCCGCCAAAUUGGUAUUUUUGAAGCGGAUGAAGACUUGACUGGCAAGAGCUUCACGGGUCGCCAGUUCGACAGCCUUUCGGAAAGUGAGCAGCUUGAGGCCGUUAAGACGGCGUCUCUGUUCUCGCGCACUGAGCCCAGCCACAAGUCCAAACUGGUCGACCUCCUACAGUCUCUGAACCAUGUGGUUGCGAUGACUGGUGAUGGUGUCAAUGAUGCUCCCGCCCUGAAGAAAUCGGACAUUGGUGUGGCUAUGGGCACUGGAACUGACGUGGCCAAGUUGGCCGCCGAUAUGGUUCUGGCUGAUGACAACUUUGCAACUAUCACCGUCGCAGUCGAGGAGGGCCGGUCCAUCUACAGCAACACGCAGCAGUUUAUCCGCUACUUGAUCUCGUCGAACAUUGGUGAAGUCGUGUCUAUUUUUUUAACCGCUGCUCUGGGCAUGCCGGAAGCCUUGAUACCUGUGCAGCUCCUGUGGGUGAACCUGGUUACCGAUGGUCUGCCGGCUACUGCUCUGUCGUUCAACCCGCCUGACCACGAUGUGAUGCGCCGCGCUCCCCGCAAGCGUGACGAGCGUUUGGUUGGCGGCUGGCUUUUGUUCCGGUAUAUGGUGAUUGGCACUUAUGUCGGUGCUGCUACUGUGUUCGGCUACGCUUGGUGGUUCCUCUACAACCCGGAGGGUCCGCAGAUCUCGUUCUGGCAGUUGGCGCAUUUCCACAAGUGCUCCUCCGAGUUCCCGGAGAUCGGAUGCGCAAUGUUCUCGAACGACAUGUCCAAGUCUGCGUCGACGGUGUCAUUGUCCAUCCUGGUGGUUAUUGAGAUGCUGAAUGCCAUGAACGGCCUGUCAUCGAGUGAAUCGCUGCUUACUUUCCCUCUCUGGAAGAACAUGAUGCUUGUGUAUGCGGUCAUCAUGUCCAUGGCCCUGCACUUUGCCAUCCUCUAUAUUCCUUUCUUGCAGGGACUGUUCUCGAUUCUGCCGCUGAAUGUGAUCGAGUGGAAGGCUGUGUUGGCUAUCAGUGCGCCUGUCGUUGUCAUUGACGAAGUUCUCAAGUUUGUUGAGCGUCGUCUCUACACCCUGCCUGCCAAGGCUUCAUCGAAGCCCAAGAAGGCAUGA